UUAGGAUUUAGGAACCAAAUCGUCAAUAUCCUAAAGUUCAGUGAUGUAAUGGUGACUCAAGCCAGCAUCGUCCUGCCACCAGCGAGUCGCGGAGCGCACAACGAAUAUAUUCUUUUUAAAGAGCAACCAGGAGAGAGGAAGAUUAGCUUCAACCGCCGGCAGACAUGUCGAGAGCUCGAGUUUACGCUGACAUCAACGUUCAUCGGCCCAGAGAGUACUGGGACUACGAAUCUCACACUGUUCAGUGGGGUGAUCAGAAUGACUAUGAGGUUGUUCGAAAGGUUGGGAGGGGGAAAUACAGUGAGGUCUUCGAAGGUGUCAAUGUCACGAAUAAUGACAAGUGCGUUAUCAAAAUCCUGAAGCCUGUCAAGAAAAAGAAGAUAAAGAGGGAGAUUAAGAUCCUGCAGAACCUCUGUGGAGGGCAGAACAUAGUGAAGCUGCUCGAUAUCGUCAGGGAUCACCACUCAAAAACCCCGAGCCUGAUUUUUGAGUAUGUGAAUAGUACAGAUUUUAAAGUUCUGUACCCAACAUUCACGGACUAUGACAUUCGCUACUAUAUAUAUGAGCUUCUUAAGGCACUAGAUUACUGCCAUUCCCAGGGCAUAAUGCAUAGAGAUGUAAAACCGCACAAUGUGAUGAUUGACCAUGAGCUGCGCAAAUUACGGUUGAUAGACUGGGGGUUGGCGGAGUUCUACCACCCUGGCAAAGAAUACAAUGUCAGAGUAGCUUCUAGGUACUAUAAGGGGCCAGAACUCCUUGUUGAUUUACAGGACUAUGAUUAUUCUCUUGACAUGUGGAGUCUAGGCUGUAUGUUUGCAGGCAUGAUUUUUAGGAAGGAAACAUUUUUUUAUGGUCGCGACAACCACGACCAGCUUGUAAAAAUUGCUAAGGUUCUUGGUACAGAUGAAUUAUAUGCAUAUUUAAACAAGUAUAACUUGGAGCUGGAUCCCCAACUUGAAACCCUUGUUGGCAGGCACAGCAGGAAACCGUGGUCCAAAUUUAUCAAUCCUAAUAACCAACAUUUGAUUUCUCCGGAGACUCGUCUUUCCCAUGAACAGGCCAUUGAUUUCCUUGAAAAGCUGCUUCGCUAUGACCAUCAAGACAGGGUUACAGCAAAGGAAGCAAUGGCUCAUCCCUAUUUCCAUCAAGUGAGAGCAGCAGAGAACAGCCGAAUGCGGACACAAUAAGUUGCAGAGGAGGCCAGACCCAUCAACCUCAGGCUCCCCCCCUGCCCUUGCUCUUUUCUAGCAACUUGAUGCCGAUCCUUGUUCCAUUGUACAAAAAGCAAUGAUUACCAGCGCAUGAACUGAAGCCUUUGUUUGAGUCUAGAUUCAUGAACGGCUUUUUCUUCAGUUUCUGGGGAAUCUUGUGCUUGCUUGCUUCUGUCUUUUAAGUAAAAAUUGUGGAUCAAUCAAAAGCAUAUAUACUUUGAUAAAGCCUACCAACUUGUUGUAAACCCCUAUCUAUCUCACCUAUAAUGGUUAAAGUUUCUGCCUUUCAACCAAAAAGGUUACCAACUCAGUCAUUGAUCCUUAUCUCAUGGCAAAAGUUGGAUUCGAGCCACCGUCCAGUCUAAAGGUCAUCUUUUUUCUCUCCACCAGCUGCAAUCUGCUGUUCUUUUCCUUGAGAAACAACGGGAGAGUAGAUGGGUGGACAUUUUUAUUUUCGCAGUGGCCAAUAAACAUCUGCUUCAUUCAUGUUUCAUCGGUGGACAAACUGAUCAUACAUGCUAAUAGAUAAGCUAAUCUCUCUCUCUCUCUCUCUCU